GUGUGUUCUUAGGUUCUGCUGUCUGAACACUGACCACAUUCUUGUUUCUCCUCUGCCUGCCUGCCUGUCCCCUGCAAAGCCAUGUGGCUCUACUUGGCAGUCCUUGUGGGCCUAUACUACCUUCUGCGCUGGUACCGGGAGAGGCAGGUGGUAAGCAGCCUCCGAGACAAGUACGUCUUCAUCACGGGCUGUGACUCAGGUUUCGGGAACCUGCUGGCCAGGCAGCUGGACCUGCGAGGCUUGAGGGUGCUGGCUGCGUGUCUGACGGAGAAGGGAGCUGAGCUGCUAAGGAACCAGACAUCGGACAGGCUGGAGACGGUGAUCCUGGACGUCACCAAGACAGACAGCAUCGCUGUGGCCACCCAGUGGGUGAAGGAGCGUGUGGGGGACAGAGGACUCUGGGGCCUGGUGAACAACGCUGGCAUCUCUGUGCCCACGGCACCCAAUGAGUGGCUGACCAAACAGGACUUCAUGAAGAUACUCAACGUGAACCUGCUAGGGGUGAUUGAGGUGACCCUGAGUCUGCUGCCCCUUGUGAGGAAGGCGAGGGGCCGUGUGGUCAACGUUGCCAGCGUCUUGGGUCGUGUGUCCUUGUAUGGUGGGGGCUACUGCAUCUCCAAGUACGGCGUCGAGGCCUUCUCGGACUCCCUCAGGAGAGAGAUCUCCCAUUUUGGCGUGAAGGUGGCUAUCAUCGAGCCCGGUUACUUCAAGACUGCUGUGACUGAUACUGAGAUGAUAUCUAGGACUUUCCGGGAGAGAUGGGAUCGGGCCAGCGCAGAGGUCAAGGAGGUCUAUGGGGAGAAGUUCCUGGUAUCCAGCAUGAAAAUGAUUGAAUUGAUGAAGAAACAGUGUACGCAGAAUCUGUCCUUGGUGACGGACUGCAUGGAGCACGCCCUGACCGCCUGCCACCCUCGCACCCGAUACUCAGCUGGCUGGGACGCCAAGUUCAUCUAUCUUCCCCUGAGCUACAUGCCCACCUUCCUGGUGGACGCUAUGAUAUCCUGGGGUUCCCCACGGCCCGCCAAGGCCCUGUGACCCAAGACUGGGGUUCAUGUGUGGCCUGGGUAGGUGAAGGCCCCCUUCACUGAAGAAAUCUUUGGAUAGUAGUGGAGGCGUGGAGUGUGACUACAGGCCUGAGCCCUCACCCUCAGGUACCAACUCAACAAGGAGGACUGUCAUCUAAGAGUUUGAUAUAUUCCUAAUCCUGGAGGAAUAGCUCUCUAUGGGAUCCAUAGAAAAUCGAUAGGCACAGCAAAUAAAGGGCUUCAUGUGAUGACUAAUUAUCAUAUUGUCCUCACUGUGUAAGAGAUCUAUGUUGUCCAUAGAAACGUCUGGGGCCUUAUGUCACUUUAUCGUAUGUAAUAUUGGAGCCAAUUCUCUGAAAUUGCUGACAUUCUCCAAUGUAAUCCAAUAUAAUAGAAUCAGCACUGUCGUGCGGGGCGUCAGGUGGGGUCUCUGGUCCCGCUCCUCACAU